AUGGAAGUUACUAUCAAAAAUUAUAAAGAAGCUCACGAAAAAAUAGAAAAUCUCUUAAGUAAAUAAGAGAUCAUCAGUAUUAGUUUUGGAGCAUUAAGUAGUAAAUAAUCAGAAAAUAAUGGAUAUAAAUCAUUUGAUUAUCCUUUUGACCUCUACUUUAAAAACUUUAGAUUUUCGAAAUACGGAUUGAUAUAAACAGGAAUUACAAUUUUGGAAAAGAUAAACCAGUUUUAAUAUAAGGCUCAUCCUUUUAUAUUUUACUUAUUUCCCAACGAUGAAUAGUCUUAAAUAACACUCUCUUCGGACCUUUUUGAUUUAGAUAUUAAUUGGAAUAAAUGGAUGGCAGAAGGAAUUCAUUUCAAGAAUAGAGAGUAGUUAGAUAAAUUCAGACAACAUAUUUACAACUUACCAAAGGCUGAUUAAAAAAAAGAAAAUUUUUAAGAGAUGUUUUCUAAAUUAGAUGAUAUUCGUUAAGAAUAGGUAAAGGUAUAACUAAAUAAGUUAAAGGAGUUUAUUGAUAAUGAUAAGAGUGAAUCUGAGUUUAACUUUGACUCAGCAUAUUCAAACAUCAGAAGAAUAUAUUACACGUAUUUAGAAGAAUUCCACCAAGAUCUUAUUAUUCUUAAAUCAGGAUAAGGUAAUAUUUCUGUGAAGAAAUGCUCUGUAGAAGAAAAAUAAUAAUAUGAUAUCCAAUUAAAUCAAGAGAGAGAAGAAAAAGUUGAAGAAUAAAGAGGUAUCUCGAAAACAUUCGAUUUAAUAUUUAAGCACUGCUAAACUAAUAAGAUCCCUCUUUUAGUUUUCAAUUCGCUUUACGAAUUGUCUCAAUUAAUAAGCAAUACAGUUUGUUUUUUACCAAGAAGUUUCCUAGAAUUCAAAUAACUUUUGACCAAUACAAUACCAUCUAUUGUUGAUAUUAAAUAUACUAUGUUUUCUUUGCAUAAUUAAAGAAAUAUGGAGCCUUCUGCUUUUAUUAAUAAGAAUUAACUUCAGUUUGUAAAACAUUAAGUAGAUUUAGCUGAAGGAGUAGUCCUUAACUCACUUGCUUAAAAAACUAUAGAUAUUGCUAAAAUUUGGUUAAAUGAUUAGCAAAAAAUAGCUAAUCAUUAAAACAAGCUUUUCUUUGAUAAAAGUAAUUGGAUUAUUUCUUUGAACCCUGACCAUAAGGAUAUUGUUCUCAUUCCUGAAAAUAAAGCAUUAUUAACAAUAGUUUCUACAGAAAACUAAAAGACCAUGAAUUAAAAGAGAUAUAGCAUCUAAAAAAUAUUCCAAGAAUUAACUAAAUUUCAUAAAAAGUAAGGAGCUUAUUACCAAAAAUCAGAAACUCAGGGAAUGAUUAUAAUUUCUGUUGAUAUAACAAAGAUAAACGAUCUAGAAGGAUAUAAAAAGAAUUUGACAAAGAUUAAAGAUGCUAAAUUUGAUGAUUAUGAAGCUUUCUAUCCAAUUUUAUUAAAUUAAUUUGAAGAUUAGAAUAAACAAGGUGAAAAAUAAUGA